UAAUCUUGUAGCUCAUGGCUGCUAGCCAUGGUUGUUUUCGAUGGGAAGUUGCAAACUUAGCAACUUGGUUUUGCUAACCCUGCUGUUAGAACAAGAGCUCGGGGGAGAAAUUAGAGUGAUUGCUGAAGAAAGUGAGGUUUAGGGUUUUUAGGUGUGUGAUUGAAAUUAGGGUUGUUGUGGUGUGCAUGAGAAGUGGAAUUGGGUUCGGGUUUAUGAUAUGGAUGUGAAGGAAACUGGGGAGUUGGUGUCUUUGGACCCAGAGAUGUUGCAGCUUCAGGAGGUUUCUUCUUUUGCACUGAAAUCGAAUCCUGGUGUUGCUGAGGAGCUAUUCUCACAGUGGCUUUCGCUUCCUGAUACUUGCCGCCUGGUCAAGUCAUUGAUAGAUGAUGCAAAGGCAGGAGCUUUGUCAUGUGCACUUGAGAACUCACCAACCGCAAAUGCUCUGGCAGGCAAUUCAGUACCUUCGUUGUUUCCAGCUGGUACGACACCGCCGCUUUCACCACGAAGUUCAGCUGGUUCCCCACGUACUAUGAAACAGAGAACUAGUCCUUCUUCAUUAAGUUCUCCACUCAAAGUAGUCAGCGAGCCAGUACGGGAGAUCAUUCCACAGUUCUACUUCAAAAAUGGUCGUCCUCCUCCGGAUGACAUGAAAGAGCAUUUCCUAUUUCAAAUUGACAAUCGAUUUGUUGGUCAUGUGGAUGGUCUGCAGUUACAUGAAUUUAAGUCUAUUACGAAAGAGAUUUGCAAACUUCCGUCAUUCUUCUCUGCUGCUCUCUUCAGAAAGAUUGAUGUCAAUUAUGCUGGAGCAGUAACAAGGGAACAAUUUAUUGACUAUUGGGUUCGAGGCAAUAUGUUGGCUAUGGAUUUAGCUACACAAAUAUAUACCAUACUGAAGCAACCUUACCGGACAUACCUAGUGCAGGAUGAUUUCAAACCUGUCUUGAGGGAGUUAUUGUCCACUCAUCCUGGGUUGGAGUUUUUGCAAAGCACACCUGAAUUUCAGGAAAGAUAUGCUGAGACUGUGAUACAUAGAAUAUUUUACUACAUGAAUAGAUCGGGCAAUGGCCGACUUACACUACGGGAGUUGAAACGUGGGAACCUCAUUGAUGCCAUGCUGCAUGUUGAUGAGGAAGAGGAUAUAAACAAAGUUCUGAGGUACUUCUCAUAUGAGCAUUUUUAUGUCAUUUACUGCAAAUUUUGGGAGCUCGACACAGAUCAUGACUUUUUCAUUGAUAGAGAGAACCUUAUUAAAUAUGGGAACCAUUCUCUUACAUAUCGGAUUGUUGAUAGAAUAUUUUCUCAGGUUCCACGGAAAUUUACCAGCAAAGUUGAAGGGAAGAUGAACUAUGAAGAUUUUGUCUAUUUCAUACUUGCAGAGGAAGAUAAGUCGUCUGAACCUAGUCUAGAAUACUGGUUCAGAUGCAUUGAUUUGGAUGGGAAUGGAGUGCUGACACCAAACGAAAUGCUGUUCUUUUAUGAGGAGCAGUUGCAUCGGAUGGAGUGCAUGGCCCAAGAGCCAGUGCUUUUUGAAGAUAUAUUAUGUCAGAUUGUUGAUAUGAUUGGACCAGAGCAGAAUGAGGGAUUUAUUACAUUGCGAGAUGUUAAAGGCAGCAAACUUUCUGGCAACGUUUUCAAUAUUCUUUUCAAUCUGAACAAAUUCAUUGCUUUUGAGACCCGUGAUCCGUUUCUUAUACGUCAGGAGCGUGAGGAUCCAAGUAUGACAGAGUGGGAUCGUUUUGCGCAUAGAGAAUAUAUUAGGCUUUCUAUGGAAGAAGACGGCGAAGAUAUGUCGAAUGCCAGUGGGGAUGUGUGGGAAGAAUCUCUAGAGGCUCCAUUCUGAGAUUAAUUAGGUGAAUCAAGGGCAAGGUAUAUGGAUUGUUGUACUUCUAAGUAUUUGGCAACUCUUAACACCCUCACAGUAUGCAAGCAACAAAGAUUUGAAGAGGCCUUAUUAGUGGUACAUGUCCCUCAAUUAGAGGUUACCUCAAGUCUGUUUUGUAAGAAACUUAGAGUAGCAUGUGCACAUUUAUUCUUGUUCAUAUACAUAUUUCUUAGAAUUAUCCGUAUCAUUAAAUUUCUGUAAAGAAACAAAAAUAUGGAGACCCUCGGUCUCUAUUUUUUUUUAAAAUCCCUUCGUCUUAGGAUUUUUCAUUGUUUAAAUGUCUAUUUUGUUCUUCAAUUUUGUUACUUACAUUGCUUCAAA